UAAACAUAAUUUGUGUAUAUUUUCGCUUAUAAUCGAAAUCGCGCAAUGGGCUUAACAAUAUUAAGCCCUGGGCAGCCACCAGAUUUUGCAGCAGUGGAAUCAAUAACGAAAAAUGAAAGUGAAUGUGACCAGCCCUGGUAACGCAAGAGUACCAUUUGAUAGGUGGCAGCCCUGGCAUUGAACCGCUAAAUUUUCAAUGGUCCGUUGAGUUAACGAUCAAUUGUGCAAUCAAUUUCAGGCGCUAAGAUAUAUCUUAAAAUGCUCGAGUCCGUGAAUAGUGCCAGAGUGUACGGCGGAUUUAGUUCGCCCAACCAUUUUUAAGUCGAAGCAGCCCUUUUCAUUGCCAAAGGAACUACCUCAGUCGUGUGUAGUUCAACAUGAGUCUGAAUGAAAACCUAACAAUGGAGGAGGAGCUCGAAUUUCAUGAGCAAACGGUGCACAACUUUGAAUACACGAAAGCGUUAUCGCACGCCCUGCCGGCGCCAUUUGCCAAGGAGCUGUUCAUGGCCAAUCUGGGGAUGAGCAAAGUAUCGAACGCAUCGGAGUCGCAGAGCAGCAGCAGCAUCCGAACGCACAGCUCGCGACAAACCAGACAGACGCUGCGGGAGGAACGCUGUAAUCCCUAUGGCAUGCUGCAGAGUCGUUUAGUACAAGUCCAAGAUAAGAUCUCGAGCGCGCUGGACAGGGAGCGGGUGUUAAUGCAGCAACCGCGCGAAGAGCCGCUGCACAAGAUGAUACUCUGGCUAAUGGAUCUGCCGCAACGGUGUGAGCUGUCUAGACUUUCCUUCUCGGCCCUGAGAUGCAACGAGUGUUACUUGUGCGAGGGCGUCGAAUAUCCUUGUGUGCGUUGCCGGCAACAGUUCCAUCAGGAAUGCCAUGCUGACCAGGGCCGCCGGCAGCCGCAUCGCCUGUGCCCGUCAUGCACACGCCAGAAUACAAUAUAUAGCUCACGAUUUCCGGGUUGAACUCGUAUGGGAACGGUUGCUCAAUUUAAUUGCCAUAUUCGUUAAAUCAAU